GUAUAAAGUCGCCUGUUUCUGAUGAUCUGAUCUUUGUUUAGCAGAACCGAUUCGUUCAUCAUGUUUCUCUCUGUGCUGCUGGUGAUGAUGAUGAUGGUCAGCUGGACAGAAGCUGGUUAUACUGGUGUUGUGAUUACACACACCACUAAAGAUGUACAAGGAAACAUUCAUACACCUGUGCAUCGCUUUAAGUUUGGCUACAGCUCAUGUGGAGAGCUUGAGUCAUGGCUUUGUUCUGGCUGUACUCAGAAGAUUGAUGAAAGCAGCGGUGAAUGGUGUCUGAGAGAGUACACCUGGUGGGGCAGUCGGAGUUUCUACUAUUACAACUAUGGGUGGUAUUCUGGAAUAUAUUGGAUAAACAACAGAAACGGUGUUUCAUCUGGCCUCGCUCAGAUAUUUGUUGAAGAGAGAAAACGAUCUGACAUUAACAGACCAAACUCAUCACCAAAGACCGGCAUCCUUCCUGUUAUGAGAGUUCCCUCAAACUGUCAGAAAAAUAUCAGCUUGUUGACCUUUGACCCUGAUGGAGACCAUGUUCAAUGCAGAUUUGGAUCCAAUCCCAGUAACUAUGAGUGCUCCACCUGCACACCUCCGUCUGUCCUCAGUCUCUCAUCACAGAACCGAUUCGUUCAUCAUGUUCCUCUCUGUGCUGCUGGUGAUGAUGAUGAUGGUCAGCUGGACAGAAGCUGGUUAUUCUGGUGCUGUGUUUACCUACACCUCUAAAGAUGUACAAGAAAACAGUGUUACAGCUGUGUUACGCUUUAAGUUUGGCUACAGCUCAUGUGGAGAGCUUGAGUCAUGGUUUUGUUCUGGCUGUAGUAACAAGAUUGAUGAAAGCAGCGGUGAAUGGUGUCUGAGAGAGUAUACCUGGUGGGGCAGUAGGAUUUUCUACGAUUCCUACUAUGGGUGGAAUUCUUAUUUAUAUUGGAUAAACAACAGAAAUGGUGUUUCAUCUGGCGACGCUGGGAUGUUUGUUGAUGAGAGAAAACGAUCUGACAUUAACAGACCAAACUCAUCACCACAAACCAGCAUCCUUCCUGUUAUGAGAGUUCCCUCAAACUGUCCAAGAAAUAUCAACUUGUUGACCUUUGACCCUGAUGGAGACCAUGUUCAAUGCAGAAAUGGAUCCAAUCCCAGUAACUAUGAGUGCUACACCUGCACACCUCCGUCUGUCCUCAGUCUCUCAUCAUCUUGUUCUCUAUCAUUCAGUCCAACCAGCAGCAGUGAUGAAGGUUUAUAUGCAGUUCAGCUGAUGAUGGAGGAUUUUCCCAGUCAGACCAUCAAUAUGACUUAUUACGAUGGUUCAACAGUGUCUAUAAGCCCCAGCAGUUCAAUGGGCAGAAUCCCUGUCCAGUUUGUUUUCAAAGUGGAUCCUGCAGCUCCGUCCUGCACAGCAGGUGAAUAUCUGCCCAGGUUUCUGCCUCCGACUCCUGAACAUGGAGCUCAGUUCUUCAUAAACGUUACUGAGAUGAUAGAAAUCAACAUCAGAGCAGAGGCGACUCAGUCUGUGAUCACUGAGCUCCUGUUCAGCGGACCGGUCAACAUGAUCAAGAAUUCAUCUGGUUCAGGAAAUUUCACCCUGAGAUGGACGCCGUCUGUCAGUCAACAUGAUGAUAAUGAAAGCCAUCCCAUCUGUUUUGUUGUCCAGGCAAAUGCCUCCAGUUCUGUCUACCAGUCUGAGCUUCGAUGUGUCAUUGUGACGGUUGGAAACAUACCUUUCAUAGCGACUCCAAGUCCUCCUACAACAUCUGUGACUUCAACCACCGUUGCUCUCCCUUUGACAACUACAAGUCCUCCUACAACAUCUUAUGUUGUGGUUGUGGAGCUGAAGAUCUCGACUACGCUGUCACUGAAAGACAACAAGGAUGAAAUCGAGAAAGUGAUUAAAGAUGAACUGAUCAGACGAGGGCUGCCUCCAGACAUAAAGGUCCGCCUGCUGAGCGACGGUUCAGUGAAGGUUAAUAACUAACCGCCCCCUAGUGGCUAACAAUGAGAAUGAAUCUGAUCCAUGCAGAGGAAUAUUACUGGGUUUAUCUAUUUUUACUUCUUGUACUUUUUAAUAAAUCUGGGGACUUAUGGUUGUUUUAGUUAGUUUGGGAAUACAAGUUUGAUUUGAGUGAUUUUAAAGUGAUGUUACACAGUACUUAGUCUUUCAUUUAUGGGUUAAUCAGUUGUAGUUAAAUUAAUAAGGUUUUCAUUCAUUUAAUUUUUUAAGUUUGUAUUGAUCUUAAACUGAUUAUGUUAUUCAAUUGUCUUUAUGAACAUUAUCUGGUAUGUGUAUUAAUUCUUUGUAAUCAAACUUCUGUUUAACUCUGACAUGUGGGGUCAUCAAGGGGUCAUCAAGGGGUCAUCGAGGGGUCAAGGAGAGCGCUGUGUGGUCUCAGAAACCAGUCUGAGGUUGCUUAGGAUGGUAGAGAGGACAACUUAGUGGAACGCUCCAGUUUACUGAUAAACUCAGUCCCACGUCCUUGAGAAGAAUAUUUUGUUCAAAAUAACACCUGGAAUAUCUCUGGGUGGAAAAUCAUCAUGAAGGAGAGCGUCCAUCUCCUGACUGCCGACGUCAGGACGGCCCAGGUAGAAAACCCACCUGGACACAGCGAGGUAUAAAUGUAUGUGAGCUACAACAGUCAGUCAGAUCACUGGGUGAGACACGGUGCUCUCUGAAGACACUUCUCUAUAUCUUUAUCAAGGUGAUUCAUGUUUCCGUUUGUUUGUGGUAAUCAAUGAUCAUGUUGGGAUGUUGGUGUGAUUUCAUGCUUUUGAUUGAUUGAAUAAAAUAUUGAUUGAUCUGUGA